AUGCCCAAGGCUGUCGGCGGCAACUCUGCAUCCGGUCGCAAAAUUGGCUACUGGCAAAGCUCCAACGUCCACAAGCGCCAGUAUAAAGAUGGCAAGUUCAAGUGCCCUCCCGUCCGACCAGGCGACAUUCCUCUUGAUACCAAUAUUCCCCUCGGUGGCCGUUGGACGCAUUUAUACUAUGCUUUUGGUGCGAUCAACCCGAAGACCUUUCAUAUCGUCGAUGAUCCAGCCAAGGCACCUUUGUACACGGAAUUUACUGCCCUCAAAUAUCGACCAAAUGGGCCACAGACUUGGAUCGCCGUCGGUGGAUUCGAUUUCAGUGACCCCGGCGUAGAUCCGGAUGCAGAGACCGACACCGCACCGGAUGUGUCCACACACAGCACCUGGAGCGACAUGGCAAUGACGACGGACCGUCGAACAGCAUUCAUACAAUCGCUUAUUGCCUUUAUGGACAAAUACGGCUUUCAGGGCAUUGAUCUCGAUUGGGAGUAUCCCGUCUCCGAGGAUCGUGGUGGACGUCCAGAGGAUACCGAAAAUUUCGUGUCUCUAGUUCGCGAGAUGCGACAGGUCUUCGGCACGAAAUACGGCAUCAGUGUGGCUUUGGCGCCCGAUUUCUGGUACCUACGUUACUUCGAUGCUGUCGCCAUGCAACCGUAUGUCGACUGGUUCGGCUUUAUGGCAUACGAUCUCCAUGGUGUUUGGGCAUCGGACAGCAAAAGUAAACUCGUCAGAGGCCAUACAGAUGCCGACGAAAUCUACAAAGACAUAAUCCCACUUUCCUUUGGCGGCCUGGAUUUUAAGAAAAUCAACUUUGGCAUGGCAAUCUACGGGCGAGGGUUUACGCUGGCAGACCCGAAAUGCCGAGCCAUGGACGGGGCCUGCUCAUGGACAGGUGGAAACGAGGCUGGUAUUUGCACCGACUUUUCUGGUGUCUUAUCAUACGAUGAGAUUCAGCAAAAGAUCUUAGAUGCCCAGCGCCAGAACCGGCCAGGCCCGACCCUGGACCCUACAACAAUGAUGAAAUAUCUCACAUGGGGCGACAAGCAGCAAAAUUGGAUCGGAUAUGAUGACCAAGAGACUUGGCAGCUCAAGAAGACAAAUCUGGCCGACAAAUUUGGAUUUGGUGGUACUAUGUUUUGGUCAGUUGAUUUCAUGGGCCAGGGUAUGAAUAUAUCGGAUGUGUACAUUGAUCCUGCACUGGUUUGCCAGGAUGGAAACACUGGCAACCGCAUCGCAUCUUGCCAUCAACCGUGUCGUUUGAUUAUGCCCCAAUGUGCCAUCCCCACGACAACCGUGACGGCCACAUAUACCAUCACAUUCGAGGUUUACCAGGUUACGACAGCCUCCAUCUCGUUCUCGCCUGUUUACGUCGGCGGUGGCCGUAAUGGAGUCACCCUGCCUAACUGGCCUACGACAGGCCAGUGGCCACCCCCCGGCGGAGUCACUAACCAGGACCCUUGGCAAGCGCCCACGCACAGCGAUGCAAGCAGCAGCACGUCAACACAAGAACCCUUUGCUCCUCCUCCGCCGCUAUACCCGAUAACGGGCCCUACAGACCCUCCAGUACCCAAGGAGACAGUUUUCAGAACGACCGAGAAGACCGAGACGACCAGCACGACAACAGCUGCGGCUGUCAUCAUGACAUGGCCACCAGGUGUAAUAGAACCUACAGACAACGACGAUGACGAUAUCAUACCAUGCCAUGCAUGGUUCCUUACCGGCUUUAAAUUGAACUUUCCAAUACCACCUGGUCUUUACAUUUUUCCACCUCCCGAUCCUCCUGCUAUUAAACCACCCCCAGGCGUGAACAUUGAUCUGAAACCCGAGCCACACAUCACUCUGACACGUGGCAAGGACAACAAAUGGACCACGCCGCAGCGGAGUGACCAAACUAGUUCCUGCGCACACAGUACCACGGUGUAUGAUACGGCAAUAUCCGUGACGGCGACGAGGAACGUGUGUCCCGACAUUAAAGACGACAGGUUCUGGAACGACGCAAAAUACUGGAACGCCAUCAGCACCACGGAUGAUAACGACAAGGGCCAGGCCAUUGAGUGGCAACCAGGCGAACCUGGACCGCUAUGCUCGGCAGCCGCCCCGUCAACUACUCCGUCGAAGGGCUCCGGGCGGGGAACUCUUCCUCCAGAGCUUAAUGGUCGCGCACCGCAAAUUGUCCUAGGACCAGGCCAGUGUGGUGCAGGCUGCAACAGUGACUGGUACUGCGACGAUUCGCCAGACGGAGUGCCACCGUUUUACCGAGACCCCAAAGAUCCGAACAAGGGCAACCCGUAUUUGGGCAUUCUUCCAGUGCCGAUACCGAUCCCGACUCCACUGCCGUCAACGGCGCCCCAAGUCCGGCAUUGCCAUUUCCAUAUCACAAAAAUAUUCACCUAUGACCCCAACAACGCCAACACUGUCCUCGGUACCAAAAAUAUCGGCACUGCGAGUGGGAAUAAGCUGGUCUGGUCGGCUUCUCAGUCCAGGCUGCCCGCUGAUAUUCACUUUGCGCUAUCCAGCUGCCUUGUUCCGCGGAGCAUGAAUUUCCGCCGCGGAGUGGACGGCACGGAUGAUACGGACAGUACAGACAGUGUGGACGGAGUUGACAGUGCGGACGGUACGGAUGGUGUAGACGGUGUGGACGGCUCAGACGAUACACCGUUAGAGUCCGACAACUGUGUAAUCACGUUUACGACCAGCGGCCACACCUGGUCGACGGACGACCGCGAUUCGUCAAAGGCAGCGUAUUGCAACGUGGGCAAAUACUCGGGUCAUUUGACCCAGGACAUGGACUGUUUUUACACAUGCUAG